GUGCUCGAUUUUGUGAGACAUGGCUCGGAGUAUUCACCAUCCGGGGGCCAACGUCGCGUUAAUCAGCCUUGGAUAUUUAGAAUUCUAAAGAUAAUGUUGAUUGUUGCCUCUAAGGUAAAUGUUUCUGGAGACUGGACUAUCGUGUCUUAGGCUGGGCUUAAGGAAAUUGGUGUAGAUCAGGAGAAUUGGUAAUCUGCCCGAUCAUCCGAAAGUCUUCGGACAGAGUUUGGUCCGUGGAAUCAAUAGUCAGUGCUGAGAUUAGUAUCCUAUUGUCCUGGCAAGUGAUGCAGACUAUCAAACAUACCAUUCUUCUUAAUUAGUCUGUCUCUUGUCUUAUCUGUCUCUGCAUCCCAUCGAACCACUUGCUGCCAUAAUAUUGUUCAAGUUUCAACAUUCACUCCUUGACACUCACUCACUCACUCUCAUUUCAUUCAUACACACAAACAUGAAGUUCACUAUCGUCGCAGCUCUUGCAGUGCUCUCAGGAGUCCACGCUGCCGACUCUGCGUCCACGACUAUCACCUGCAGUGAAUGUCCCUCUGCCGUAACGACUCCUGAUAUUGUAACUCGUUCGGCCCUCCCGACUACAUCAUGCACUGAGAAGCCCUUGAUGGUUGUAUCAAACACCAAGGGCGGCGGUGGAGCUGCUGCACCUACUGGUUCGGGUGCCGCUUCUACCCCUUCAGCUCAGGUCCCUGUGUCUGGAGCUAGUGUCAACAAGAAGGGUAGCGUUGGUGGAAUGGCUGCGGCGGCUGCAAUUGUGGCUGUCUAUAUGCUCUAGUCUUUUGUGUAGUAGCCAAUGGCAGGGAUACCAGUGUCAGGGCGAAGGUUAAUAUUCGGUGGAUGGAGUUUAUUGUGGUGUAUAAGCAGCCAUGCUGCAUAUGUAAUACCGAGUUUUGUUUAUGGAGGAAUGUAUCUGGACUUAUGCGAGGUCUCACAGUUGCAUCCAUUGGAUGGUGAGAACGACUAAUCUAUUAUGCUAUCUAUGUGCUGUCUACCUAGUUGGGAAUCACUGGAAGAGUAAUAUAGUUCUGUUGGCGAGGUCCAAAGUGGAUAUGGUUCGAACCUUGGAAGAUCUCAGGUGAUCUAGAAAUCAAUUAGCAAUGAGCACCACAAUCUCAAAC